AUGGCAUCCAAAUUCAUCGAGGUGCUCGACACCACCACGCAACCCACCUACUCGGGCUACAACGUCAGCCUCGAAGACAUCCUCGCCGAGACCCAACGGCGCAGCUCGACCAGCGACUACUCCAGCAAGCCGCGCAAAGCCAGCAACUCGGGCGCCUCCACCUCGUCGUCGUCGUCAGCAGACUCGUCGACGCCCUCCAGCCCCACCAGUCCGACCAUGCGCAACCGGCUGCGGCGCUUCACGCUCGGUGGCGUGGCAAAGAACCGCUAA